CCGCGCUGCGCUGUUAAAACUCUACAUUUUUUGCUCUGCCAUUUUGGGGGAAAGCGACCGACAUCCGAAAUCAGACGUGUCCUGCAAAACAGAGGCAACCAUGGCCUGAUUUUGUGAGCCACAGCUGUGUAUUUGAGAGGGCCUCUGAAGUGGGUGACAGUUACACCAACGAAGGAGGGACUGUUGUUUUGUACCUGGUCACCAAAUAACCUCAGCCAUGUGUUCUACAAAUAAUUCAAACUGGGUGACAUUUGAAGAUGAGAAUACACCAGUCUCAUCACCUCAGAAGCCCACACAGUCAUCAGGACUUAUCAAAGCAUCAAUACCCCGCCCUAAUGGUCUGAAACUGGUGCUUCCGCCUGUCAGAGAUCCUUCCUGGAGCUUCAGCAGUUCCCUGGAAUCGCCUCAAAUCCACUCAAGUCUUAAUGGAAGUUCCUGUAUGCCAUGCAACACUCCCUUUUGCACUCCUGUGAGCGGGGUUCCUAACAAUAUGUCUCCAUUUAACUUCAACACAAGGGAAAAGAACAUAUUCUUCCAAAGCUUCUCCAGCACACCUACCACAUCUGUCUCCUCCCCAGGCCCAGAGGGAGCGACACAAACCUCAGAUGGACCAAGCCCGUUCCCCUCUUUUCAGGGAGAGUCGGGACACUUCAAUCCCUUCUGGGAGGGAACUAGCCACAAUGCAGAUUUGGAAAGUUCCUCCUCAGACUCGGAAACGGAUGUUAGCCUACCACGCUUCUUUAUCCGGACCAAAGAUGGCAGUGAGCCACCACGCGACCAACUCCAGAGCUCAUACUCCUACAUUUGCCACAAGCUGGAAGGCCUACGAGCAGAAAAAGACCAUGAAGCAGAGAUAGAGCGAGAUAGAGAGGGAGAAUUAAGUUGCAAAACAGAACUAAGAACCGAGAUGGUGAGGGAGGGUUCAUCACAGUUUGUUCCUCGAGGUCUGUUUCGGAGCCAGAAAAGGGAUGGCUGGUCUUUGAUGCUCAGGAUUCCAGAAAAAAAGAACCGCAUGUCCUCUCGACAGUGGGGUCCAAUCUAUCUCCGCCUGCUGCCAGGAGGUGUGCUGCAGAUGUACUAUGAGAAAGGGCUGGAGAAACCCUUCAAGGAGUUCCAGCUUCUCCCUCAUUGCAGGCUAUCAGAACUUAAGCUGGAGAGCUAUGGCGAGCCCCGCAAAAUCCUCACCGUCAAAGUGGAACAUUUCUCAUACACAGAGAAGAAACGCUUCCAUCCUAAGUUGGAGGUGACCCAUGAGGCAGAGAUAGAGCAACUGCUGAAGUUUGGCACCACAGAGCAUGGCGACAUGGAGGAUCUUUUAGUCUCCAUGGAGGAGGAAAUCUUCAGGUUGAGUAUGCCCCACCAACAAAGACGGAAUUACGAGGAGCAGGAGCUGUCAUUGCAGAUUACUGAUCAUAUUUGGGUACAGCUGGAUAAGACUGGCGGAGUCAUGGAGCGGGCAGCCUUUACACAGAUCCACUGCCUCGCUUUUCUAAAUGGGGAAGGGUAUUGCUUUCUGGCCCUUAACGAUCUCGGGCUGCUUCGCUUUGACUCAAGCUACGGAUCCGAGGACGGUAACGAAGUCUGGAUGGAGAUCACUGACUGCCAUUUUCACAGAUGCAUCAAUGAGGCGGAGUUUCAGAGAUCCCGGCUGAUUAAGUUCUCGCCCCCUGACGCUUGUAGGGUGGAGCUGAUGAGAUACAAGACAAUGGGUUUGGGUUGCACAGAGUUACCCUUUUCAAUCAAAGCCAUGGUCACGGUACAAGGUGCCUAUGUGGAACUCCAAGCCUUCCUUAACUUGUCUGCGGCCUUCCCUUCCUCUGCAGGGACAUUUGACACAAUGCAGCCGCUCUGUGAGAACAUAGUGAUCCAUGUGCCAGUACCAGGUGACUGGGUCAAAGUGUCACAAACAGUGGCCUUGCUGCGACAGAGAUCACUGAAAGCCCGUAUGAACAGAAACACCUGUCUGGGCUCUGUCAGCGCUGCAGAGUCACAGCCUGUAAUGCAGGUGUCAACCGGCACUGUCAAGUAUGAGAAUGUAUAUUCAGCUAUCGUCUGGAGGAUCGACAGACUUCCUGCUAAGAACACAGCAGUGGAUCAUCCCCAUUCAUUUUCCUGCAAGCUAGAGCUGGGAUCUGAUCAGGAGAUCCCAAAUGACUGGUACCCUUUUGUCACCAUGGAAUGUGAAAUUAUGGGAGCUGUUGUGUCACAAACAAGGAUAAAGUCGCUGGGCACUGUAAACGACAUCCAGCCACAGAAGCAUGUGACCAGUUGGACACGUUAUCAUUGUCAGGUGGAAAUCGAGAAGAAAUGGAUUGAAACAGAAUCACAGAGGCAAUCUGGCUGCAUGACACAGUGAUCAUUAAAGAAGUUCUGCAGAACGAGUUACUCCUUUGGUCCAGAACAUUUGCCAAACUAUCCUCCCACUGGUGAAAAGGGAUGACAUUUAAUGCAGUAAACAUAAAUGAGGAUUUUGUACUCGCUUGCAUAUGGUGUCUUAAUUCAUAACACAAUUACACAUAGCCUGGUAGUAUUUCUCAUGGAAAAUUAACAUUUUAUAUCCUUGUACUGAGACUGAUUUAGUCUAGACCUAUUGAACAAUCUAACAUGGUCCUUUUGCCUAGCACUUUACAUGUACUAAUUUUAUUAACUGUAAAAUUAACAGGUUAUAUCAAUAAAUAAGCUUGUUUUUGUAUCAUGCACUGCCCUCCAGAGCAACUGGCACCCUUAAUAAAGAUGAGUUAAACGGGCUGUAUGAGAUAAACAACUUUAAGCAAUAUUCUAGGAUCAAAGAUUUUCAGAAAAUUAAACUAAUAUCUAGAGACAGAGAUUUAGAAAAGUUUUUCUUUCUUCGUAUUGAUUGUUUUUCUUUAUUAUUAGCUAGUUUGGUGUUCCAAUCACUCGCACUGGCCCUUUGUUGCACAGCCAGUUAAAUUUGGCAGAUUUACAAACUGAGUGAGACUCCUUUGUAUUUAUAGGUUAUUUCUUGUGGCAGCGUCAUGAUAGCAUCAGGCUAUUUUGUAGGUUGCGAUAAAAAGCGGGUGAAUCCACUUGCAACAUGCGACAGCAUUGGAUUGGCUAUUCUUGAAGCCCUUAUGUUGCUUUGAAGGGAAAUAUGACAAAAACCUAUUAGGUCUUACAUUUACUGAGCAACAUGAGUGCCAACUUUAUUUAAAAAGCUGCAUUUGAGAUAAAGAACUGAUUUUCUACAUUUUCUUAAAUGAAAUCCAGCUCAUUGCCUGUGUUGCUUGCCUUUAAUAGACUUUUGAUUAUUUUUACCAUUGUUGUCUUCUGGAGGACUGUAAUUUUAUUUAAACAUAACUGUAUUAUUUGAUCCCUUUCCCUUGAUGAGUUGCCGGUCGGUUUGAUCAAGAAAAGAAUGGCAAGGCCUACACUGAUGACUUUUGUAUGAACAGACAAAAUGACAACUGGAUUAAGCUGUAUGUGAUGUAUGUCAGGAGUAAAAUCUGAAUUAAAUGUA